AGAAUCCACCCUCUUAGGUGGAGCAGGGAGUUGUUGGAACUCAGGAAGGCUUGAUUCAGACUUGCUGUGUCACAGAUCUCCAGGGCAGCAGGGCUGUUCUUACUCCUUCUCAACCAGAGGUCUGUCCCCAGCCAGACCUCCUUCACCUGGAGUGGAUACCACAGACUGGAGCCAGAGGAUCCACGUGAGCAGGGUCCUGUUGGUGGCCCUGAGCCCCAGGCCUUGUCCUAGGCCUCUCCUGGGUGUGCGGCAAGGUGGGGCACGAAGGCCCUGUGCUGAGCACCCGUAGUCCUCUGGGGUGCCACCCCUAAAAAUAGCACCCCACCAUGUUUAACCUAAUGAAGAAAGACAAGGACAAGGAUGGCACGCGGAAGGAGAAGAAGGAGAAAAAGGAGAAGAAGGAGCGGAUGUCAGCGGCGGAGCUGCGGAGCCUGGAAGAGAUGAGCCUGAGGCGUGGCUUCUUCAACCUGAGCCGCUCCUCCAAGCGUGACUCGAAGACACGCUUGGAAAUCUCCAACCCCAUCCCCAUCAAGGUGGCCAGCAGCUCCGACCUGCACCUGACUGACAUCGACUCCGACAGCAACAGGGGCAGUGUCAUCCUGGACUCGGGCCACCUGAGCACAGCCAGCUCCAGUGAUGACCUCAAGGGUGAGGAAGGCAGCUUACGGGGCUCGGUGCUGCAGCGGGCAGCCAAGUUCGGCUCCCUGGCCAAGCAGAACUCACAGAUGAUUGUCAAGCGCUUCUCCUUCUCCCAGCGCAGCCGGGAUGAGAGCGCCUCAGAAACCUCCACCCCCUCAGAGCACUCUGCCGCCCCGUCUCCACAGGUAGAGGUGAGGACCCUAGAGGGACAGCUGAUGCAGCAUCCCGGCCCAGGCAUCCCUCGACCAGGACCUCGGUCCCGAGCCCCUGAGCUGGUGACUAAAAGGUUCCCGGCUGACCUGCGCUUGCCCCCCGUGGUGCCCCCGCUGCCCCCUGCCCUCCGGGAACUGGAACUGCAGCGACGGCCCACGGGGGACUUUGGCUUCUCCCUGCGACGCACAACCAUGCUGGAUCGGGGCCCCGAGGGCCAGGUCUAUCGGAAGGUGGUUCACUUUGCUGAGCCCGGCGCGGGCACCAAGGACCUGGCCCUGGGGCUGGUGCCGGGUGAUCGUCUGGUGGAGAUUAAUGGGCACAAUGUGGAGAGCAAGUCCAGGGAUGAGAUUGUGGAGAUGAUCCGGCAGUCUGGGGACAGCGUGCAGCUCAAGGUGCAGCCCAUCCCGGAGCUCAGCGAGCUGAGUCGGAGCUGGCUGCGGAGCGGCGAGGGACCCCGCAGGGAGCCAGCCCAUGCAGGAGCUGCCCCCGACGUCCAGCUGACCCCCGCAGAGGAGGCCCACCAGCGGCUUGAGAGGAUCUUCGCAGCUCCUGUGAAGACAGAAGAGCAGAUCGCAGCUGAGGAGGCCUGGUAUGAGACAGAGAAGGUGUGGCUGGUCCAUAAGGAUGGCUUCUCACUGGCCACUCAGCUCAAAUCCGAGGAGCUCAGCUUGCCCGAGGGGAAGGUGCGCGUGAAGCUAGACCAUGAUGGAGCCGUCCUGGAUGUGGACGAGGAUGACGUGGAGAAGGCUAAUGCUCCCUCCUGCGACCGUCUGGAGGAUCUGGCCUCGCUGGUGUACCUCAAUGAGUCCAGCGUCCUGCACACGCUGCGCCAGCGCUAUGGCGCCAGCCUGCUGCACACGUACGCCGGCCCCAGCCUGCUGGUCCUCAGCCCCCGGGGGGCCCCCGCUGUGUACUCGGAGAAGGUGAUGCACAUGUUCAAGGGGUGUCGGCGGGAGGACAUGGCCCCCCACAUCUAUGCCGUGGCUCAGACCGCAUACAGGGCAAUGCUGAUGAGCCGUCAGGACCAGUCCAUCAUCCUCCUGGGCAGUAGUGGCAGUGGCAAGACCACCAGCUGCCAGCAUCUGGUGCAAUAUUUGGCCACCAUCGCAGGCACCAGCGGGAAUAAGGUGUUUUCUGUGGACAAGUGGCAGGCUCUGUACACCCUCCUGGAAGCCUUUGGGAACAGCCCCACCAUCAUGAACGGCAACGCCACCCGCUUCUCCCAGAUCCUCUCCCUGGACUUUGACCAAGCCGGCCAGGUGGCCUCAGCCUCCAUUCAGACGAUGCUUCUGGAGAAGCUGCGUGUGGCACGACGCCCAGCCGGUGAGGCCACGUUCAAUAUCUUCUACUACCUGCUGGCCUGCGGGGAUGGUACCCUCAGGACAGAGCUCCACUUGAACCACUUGGCAGAGAACAAUGUGUUUGGGAUUGUACCACUGGCCAAGCCUGAGGAGAAGCAGAAGGCGGCUCAGCAGUUCAGCAAGCUCCAGGCGGCCAUGAAGGUGCUGGGCAUCUCCCCCGACGAGCAGAAAGCCUGCUGGCUCAUCCUGGCUGCCAUCUACCACCUGGGAGCUGCAGGCGCCACCAAAGAGGUCCCCGAGGAGCAAGCGGAAGCUGCCGAAGCUGGGCGCAGGCAGUUUGCCCGCCACGAGUGGGCCCAGAAGGCCGCGUACCUGCUGGGCUGCAGCCUGGAAGAGCUCUCCUCAGCCAUCUUCAAGCACCAGCACCAGGGCGGCACCCUGCAGCGCUCCACCUCCUUCCGCCAGGGUCCCGAGGAGAGCAGCCUGGGGGACGGCACAGGCCCCAAACUGAGUGCACUGGAGUGCUUGGAGGGCAUGGCGUCCGGCCUCUACAGCGAGCUCUUCACGCUUCUCAUCUCCCUGGUGAACAGGGCUCUCAAGUCCAGCCAGCACUCACUCUGCUCUAUGAUGAUUGUGGACACUCCCGGCUUCCAGAACCCUGAGCAGGGUGGGUCGGCCCGCGGGGCCUCCUUUGAGGAGCUGUGCCACAACUACACCCAGGACCGGCUGCAGAGGCUCUUCCACGAGCGCACCUUUGUGCAGGAGUUGGAAAGAUACAAGGAGGAGAACAUCGAGCUGGCGUUUGACGACUUGGAGCCAGCCACAGGUGACUCUGUGGCCGCCGUGGACCAGGCCUCCCAUCAGUCCCUGGUUCGCUCGCUGGCCCACACGGAUGAGGCGAAGGGCCUGCUAUGGUUGUUGGAAGAGGAGGUGCUGGUGCCAGGGGCCACUGAGGACGACCUCCUGGAGCGCCUUUUCUCCUACUAUGGCCCCCAGGAAGGUGACCGAAAAGGCCAAAGCCCCCUCCUGCGCAGCAGCAAAGCGCACCAUUUUCUCCUGGGCCACAGCCGUUGCACCAACUGGGUGGAGUACAACACGGCCGGCUGGCUGAGCUACACCAAGCAGAACCCGGCCACCCAGAACGCCCCCCGGCUCCUGCAGGACUCCCAGAAAAAAAUCAUCAGCAACCUGUUUCUGGGCCGGGCGGGCAGCGCCACGGUGCUCUCAGGCUCCAUUGCGGGCCUGGAGGGCGGCUCGCAGUUGGCGCUGCGCCGGGCCACCAGCAUGCGGAAGACCUUCACCACAGGGAUGGCGGCCGUCAAGAAGAAGUCCCUGUGCAUCCAGAUUAGGCUGCAGGUGGACGCCCUCAUUGACACCAUCAAGAAGUCAAAGCUGCAUUUCGUGCAUUGCUUCCUGCCUGUGGCAGAGGGCUGGGCGGGGGAGCCCCGUUCUGCCCACUCCCGCAGAGUCAGCUGCAGCAGUGAGCUGGACCUGCCCCCGGGAGACCACUGCGAGGCCGGGCUCCUGCAGCUGGACGUGCCCCUGCUCCGCGCCCAGCUUCGAGGCUCCCGCCUGCUUGAUGCCGUGCGCAUGUACCGCCAAGGUUACCCUGACCACAUGGUGUUUUCCGAGUUCCGCCGCCGCUUCGACGUCCUGGCCCCGCACCUGACCAAGAAACACGGGCGCAACUACAUUGUGGUGGAUGAAAAGCGGGCGGUGGAGGAGCUGCUGGAGUCCUUGGACCUGGAGCAGAGCAGCUGCUGCAUGGGCCUGAGCCGGGUGUUCUUCCGGGCAGGCACACUGGCACGGCUGGAGGAACAGCGGGAUGAACAAACCAGCAGGAACCUGACCCUGUUCCAGGCAGCCUGCAGGGGCUACCUGGCCCGUCAGCACUUCAAGAAGAAAAAGAUCCAAGACCUGGCCAUUCGCUGUGUGCAGAAGAACAUCAAGAAGAACAAAGGGGUGAAGGACUGGCCCUGGUGGAAGCUCUUCACCACGGUGCGACCCCUCAUUGAGGUACAGCUGUCGGAGGAGCAGAUCCGGAACAAAGACGAAGAGAUCCAGCAGCUGAGGAGCAAGCUUGAGAAGGUGGAGAAGGAGCGGAACGAGCUGCGUCUCAGCAGUGACCGGCUGGAGACCCGGAUCUCAGAGCUGACAUCGGAGCUGACGGAUGAACGUAACACGGGAGAGUCCGCCUCCCAGCUGCUGGACGCGGAGACCGCUGAGAGGCUCCGGGCUGAGAAGGAGAUGAAGGAGCUGCAGACCCAGUAUGAUGCACUGAAGAAGAAAAUGGAGGUGAUGGAAAUGGAAGUGAUGGAGGCCCGUCUCAUCCGGGCAGCUGAGAUCAACGGGGAAGUGGAUGAUGAUGACACAGGUGGCGAGUGGCGCCUGAAGUAUGAGCGAGCGGUGCGGGAGGUGGACUUCACCAAGAAGCGGCUCGAGCAGGAGUUUGAGGACAAGCUGGAGGUGGAGCAGCAGAGCAAAAGGCAGCUGGAGAGGCGGCUUGGAGACCUGCAGGCAGAUAGUGAUGAGAGCCAGCGGGCCCUGCAGCAGCUCAAGAAGAAGUGCCAGCGGCUGGCAGCCGAGCUGCAGGACACCAAGCUGCACCUGGAGGGCCAGCAGGUCCGCAGCCACGAGCUGGAGAAGAAGCAGAGGAGGUUUGACAGUGAGCUCUCGCAGGCGCAUGAGGAGGCCCAGCGGGAGAAGCUGCAGCGGGAGAAGCUGCAGCGGGAGAAGGACAUGCUCCUUGCCGAGGCUUUCAGCCUGAAGCAGCAGAUGGAGGAGAAAGACAUGGACAUUGCGGGAUUCACCCAGAAGGUUGUGUCAUUGGAGGCUGAGCUCCAGGACAUUUCUUCCCAAGAGUCCAAGGAUGAGGCCUCUUUGGCCAAGGUCAAGAAACAGCUCCGAGACCUGGAGGCCAAGGUCAAGGAUCAGGAGGAGGAGCUGGAUGAGCAGGCGGGGACCAUCCAGAUGCUGGAGCAGGCCAAGCUGCGGCUCGAGAUGGAGAUGGAGCGGAUGAGGCAGACCCAUUCCAAGGAGAUGGAGAGUCGGGAUGAGGAGGUGGAGGAGUCCCGGCAGUCGUGUCAGAAAAAGUUAAAGCAAAUGGAAGUACAGCUCGAGGAGGAGUAUGAGGACAAGCAGAAGGUGCUGCGGGAAAAGCGGGAGCUGGAGAACAAGGUGGCCACGCUCAGUGACCAGGUGAACCAGCGAGACUUUGAGUCAGAGAAGCGGCUCCGGAAGGACCUGAAGCGCACCAAGGCCCUGCUGGCAGAUGCUCAGAUCAUGCUGGACCACCUGAAGAACAACGCACCCAGCAAGAGGGAGAUCGCCCAGCUGAAGAACCAGCUGGAGGAGUCAGAGUUCACCUGUGCAGCAGCCGUGAAAGCGCGCAAAGCAAUGGAGGUGGAGAUCGAAGACCUGCACCUGCAGAUUGACGACAUCGCCAAAGCCAAGACGGCGCUGGAGGAGCAGCUGAGCCGCCUUCAGCGUGAGAAGAAUGAGAUGCAGAGCCGGCUGGAGGAGGAUCAGGAGGACAUGAAUGAGCUGAUGAAGAAGCACAAGGCAGCCGUGGCUCAGGCCUCCCGGGAUCUGGCUCAGAUGAAUGAUCUCCAGGCUCAGCUAGAAGAAGCCAACAAAGAGAAGCAAGAGCUACAGGAGAAGCUACAAGCCCUCCAGAGCCAAGUGGAGUUCCUGGAGCAGUCCAUGGUGGACAGGUCCCUGGUGAGCAGGCAGGAAGCUAAGAUCCGGGAGCUGGAGACACGCCUGGAGUUCGAAAGGACCCAAGUGAAGCGGCUAGAGAACCUGGCCGGCCGGCUCAAGGAGAACAUGGAGAAGCUGACUGAGGAACGGGAUCAGCGCACGGCGGCUGAGAACCGGGAGAAGGAGCAGAACAAGCGGCUACAGCGGCAGCUCCGGGACACCAAGGAGGAGAUGGGCGAGCUUGCCAGAAAGGAGGCUGAGGCGAGCCGCAAGAAGCAUGAACUGGAGAUGGAUCUGGAGAGUCUGGAAGCUGCUAACCAGAGCCUGCAGGCUGAUCUGAAACUGGCGUUCAAGCGCAUCGGGGACCUGCAGGCCGCCAUUGAGGACGAGAUGGAGAGUGAUGAGAACGAGGACCUCAUCAACAGUUUGCAGGACAUGGUGACAAAGUAUCAGAAAAGAAAGAAUAAACCCGAGGGGGACUCAGAUGUGGACUCAGAGCUGGAGGACCGGGUCGACGGGGUCAAGUCAUGGUUGUCCAAAAACAAGGGGCCUUCCAAGGCGGCUUCCGAUGAUGGCAGCUUGAAGAGUUCUAGCCCUGCUGAGUGCCCUGCUCCCCGAGCACGGGAAGUCAGCUGAUGGGCCAUGGGAGGAGGUUUGGAAAGCAGAGAGGGCCAGGCCCUUCUGAGCACAGUACCAGUACCUGAAGAGGGAGACGUGGGCCUAGGCAGUCCAUCCCACACCGACCAGCAACUGGUGGAUUUCAGACCCCAGUGACUCAGCCCAUCAUCACCCUUGACCCAGCAAGAACAAGAACACAGAAAGCCUGUUUCUUCCCUCAGCCACCAGCACAGUUCUUGUCCACCAGGAAAACAGGAGUAGUCCUGAAACCCUACACACUGCCACCUCCAGCAAGGAUUGGAUUCACUGCGGCCAGAGUGGGCACCAAGCCAGAAGCUAGCCACCCAGUACAGAGCUGGCAGAGAAGGUCCAGGGGAGGGAGGACCUAGUUGGACUCCGCGUGAACUGGCUUUGGGUGAAUAAACUGCCAAGAGUGGGGGCAGUUUAACUCCCCACCCGGUGAUGGGGCUCUGCAAGCAUGCAGAACACUGAAAGCAUCCGUAGCAAAGGCAAGGGGAGGGGGCUGCUCGCCCAGUGGGAAUUAGCUUAUGCACCAAAUCGUUUGUGACCGUGUUGAGCAGGAGACGCUGGCUUGUGAGGAGGAAAGCUUUUGAAACAAUGUGGUUAAAAUGUUCACAUUGCAGCCCUGACUCUUGCCCCCGGGAAGGGGGCCAGCUGCCUGCUGUUGACUCUCUGACAGCUGUGCCUGUAGAAGCCGCAAAGGAAGCUGGCUAAAGAGCACCCAGGGUGGGAGCAGGGGUGUCUCGUGGCUGCACAGAGCAGGGGAGAAAGGCCUGGCGUUUAGCGUUCCCGGCUGCCUCUGCCACUGCACCCAGCAUCUGGACGGAACAGUGUUGAAACCCAGCUGUCGUUCAUCCAGGUGUCUGCCUGGCCGGCACAGGAAUAUGGAAGUGGGGUCUGCAGCUCCGCUCUGAGGAGAGGUGGGAGGAUGGAAAGGAGCACCCCAUUUGCAUCCGGGUCCCAGCGCUGGCACCUACCUCACCCCCCCUCUCCCCACAAAAUAACCCCACUGUCUUUCCACAGAGCCAUUCCUUCCUUUGCCCAACAGCAGACCUUAGCAUUGGGUGCCCAGAAGUUCUGUCUAAAAAAAUGAAAAUAAAAUCAGGCUCCCGCUAAUUCACAAUUUAAAAACAAUCCAAAAGCUAAAAUAACCCCAGUUUUUUCUAUGUUGCACAGUCAUCAUUGAGCUUUAUAAUUCUGUCCCUGAGACGUCCCAGAGUCCUUAAGUGCCUUUGGCCCAUCAAAGUAAAACUCAUUUAUGUUCAGACUAGUUUAUAUUAAAUGUGUUCUGUGCUAUUCUGAUUCCUUUAAAAAUGGUAAUUCGUUCAUGAGAAAUACGAUAACUAUUAACCACACUGCCCCAUUCCUAAACCGUUUUGCAUAAUUGAACAAGCUCUUCUAUCAGACUGUUCCAUCUCCCCAGGGAGAGAGAAAGAGAGACCUGUCUUUACACACCCCCUGGGCUCUUGCCCAGGCCAGUGGGGAGAAUGCAGGUUUCAUCUGGUUUUCUCCUCAGGUCAGCGGUCUGGCAGCAAGGUGGAGUCAUCAAAAGGCUUUGAGGUCUAAGGUCCCAGGUUCAGAUUUACACACAGGCUGUGUGACCUUGGGCAAGGUGCUUCGUCUCUUUGAACCAGCUUCCUCAUGCCAUUUCAUGUGGUGAAGAAUAAGAUAGCACAUCCAGAGUGCCUAAGACAGUGUCUCACAUUACAGGAAAUACUCAGUGAUGAUCAACUGUGUUGAUCCUUUCUUCAACACAGUUGGAAAAGCUGAGCAUGUGGUUCUUUCUUGCAGAACGCCGUGUCCUCCUCUUUUGGUUUGGAGAUAGAAGAACUUUGAAAGCGCUAGUAAACAAGGGCCUUCCUCAGAUUCUUAAAUCAGAAUUGUAGACAGUGGGAUCACAGGAUUCCUGUUUAUUCUAGCAGAAGCUUUCUAGGAUCUGGAAGCAGGGCUGUGUUCCUGAGAUCACUGGGCAGGGAGGGGCCCAUUGAGUGCAGGGCACUGGUAGGCGUGGAGCCACCCCGGGCUGCAUUUUCUCCAACAUUGCUGAAAUUACAGUGCACUUGGACUGGCAGAGGCAGUGGAGGUGGGAGGGGCAGGGGAAGGCUGCUCUAAGACUUUGGAAAAGAAAGAAAAGAGAAGGUGACUAGAGGUGGAAAUGAGAUCCCAUCCAUGCUCAACGCCAUGAGUCUGCUCCAUCCAGGGAGUAAUGCUUCUUCAUAUCUUGGUCAGGGGAGAGCGAGAGGCUCCCACUGGCCUGAUGAAAGCCUUGGGGUUGGAUUAUGGUACCAAGAAAGGGAUGACUAUGCCACCCUGAAACAGAGGUCUUAACCAGCUCCUACAUCCUGAGUCUCUAUUCCUUGUGAGUAGAUGAUAUCAUGGUCAAGGGCAGAAACUCUCACCGGCCUUAGGAAAACCUGAUCAGGAAGAAGGGUUAUGAUCUGGGAGUAUUCAAUGGGGAAAGCCCGUCCUUCUUAGAAGGAAUCUUUUUGGGAGGAACUUUACUAAGACAGGUUGUAGUCGUGUAAUCACCAGACCUGCAGUCUCCAAGUCAAUGCAGUCCAUGGACUGC